GUUUUUGAAGUAAACGGAGAUCUUGUCGGUGGCUUUCUUGUAAAGUCUAGCUAGGAAGUCGCGGAGCUAAGUAGACUUAUGGUUAAGUCUCCUAUAUCACAAGUCAUCAUAUUGCCAUCUCACAUGUUACCAAGACUAACGCAGAUCGGAGAGGCGGGCUAUGUGGUUUCAGAAUGUUGGACACGUUGAACUAUGGUUCAGCUCUUCGUAUUAAUGACGUGGUGUACCCAUAUGCGGGAGGGGUUGAUAAUCUUGGGUAAGCAGUUGUGCAACGAUAUAAAUGCUGGAUCUCCCGUCCCUCUGGUUUAGCUAUACCAUUCAUGCCUCCUUCAAUUUGUGCUACUGGCAGACGUCAUUAACAUUCUUUACCUAGAGGGAAUCCAAGCCUUCCAGCCUACGGCAUCCUAUGUAACCACAGAUGGAUAACAUGAAGGCCAUCGUGAUCGAAAAGUUCGGGGGCCCGGAUUCUUUGGUUAUCAAGGACAUUCCCAUCCCAGAACCUAAUGUUGGAGAGGUUUUAAUUAGUGUCAAGGCUUUCGGAAUUAACCAUGCGGAGAUGCACAUGCGCAAGGGCGAAUGGACCGAGUGGAUGCCCGUGAGUGGGAUUGAAUGCGUUGGCAUUGUCGCCGCCUGUCCUGGUGGUGAAUUUGAACAAGGAACCCCAGUGGCUAGCCUGAUGGGCGGCCUGGGGCGCACCAUCAAUGGCAGCUACGCCCAGUAUACAAAGGCGCGGGCAUCCAAUGUAGUUUGCCUAGGACCUACAGCUUCAGCGCUAGGAUGGCAUCAGCUGGCUGCUAUUCCCGAAUCCUAUGCUACUGCCUGGACCUGCUUGUUUCGGAAUCUCAGUCUAAUGAGCGGACAGAAACUAUUGAUCCGUGGGGCAACUUCAGCAUUCGGCCAAGCAGCAUUGAACCUGGCGGUAGAAAAGGGCGCUCAUGUGGUCGCGACAAGUCGUAACGCGAGUCGCUUCGCUCUUUUGAAGUCUUUGGGUGCCGAGGGCACAGAGAUGGAAGGGCCAGAGCUAUCCAGACGCUUGACAGACCGCUUUGAUGUCAUCCUGGACCUUGUUGGAAAUAGCAAGAUUGUGGACUCGCUGAAAAUGGUGCGUCGGGACGGCAGAGUGUGCCUGGCAGGCUUCCUGGGAGGACUGGCACCGAUUCCAGACUUCAACCCGCUCCUACAGAUGGCCAGUGGAGUGCAUUUCAGCUUCUUUGGGAGCUUUGUCUUUGGAACCCCCGAGUUUCCCUUGUCAGACGUUCCCUUGCAAGCGAUUGUCAAGAUGAUUGCGGAAAAGAAAUUCAAGGCAGAGCCAUUGCGAGUCUUCAAAUUCGACGAGAUCCGAGAGGCGCAUAGGGUGAUGGAAGCGAACGAAGCAGGUGGGAAGAUGGUUGUGGUGGUCGAUUAGGAAAUGCUUUUCCAUAAUCUUAUCAGCGACGGAACAAAUAAAACGAGACGUUUCGCCGAUGUGAUACGUGCAAAAGGCGCAUAUCUAUUGAAUCUAUUAUUGCCUUGAUGGUAGAUCCUCUGCGGUGGCGCUAAAGUUGGGGAUCAACCAGCCCGAUAAGGACCCGGUCGGCCCACCGGACAUGACUGAUAAGGAGAUUGGUGUGGGGUCCACUUCAAGCUUCAGCGACCUGACAUGUUGUUUCUAGAUGGAUUAUGGAGGGUUUGGUGGGCACAGUCUGUCCCAGCC